UCUCGGAAGGACUCUGCCAACCAGUCCACGCACAGGCGCGCACACAGCGAGAAAAUGAUACUGGACGGAGCUGAGGACGAAGAGAAAUGGCUAGCAGAAGCUAUCGCAGGCAUCCAACACAACGCCUUCUACAUGCACCGCGCGCUGGAUUCAAACAAUCUUAGAGAAGCUCUCAAGUACUCCGCUCAGAUGCUAUCGGAGCUCAGAACUUCAAAACUCUCCCCUCAUAAAUACUACGAGCUGUAUAUGAGAGCCUUCGAUGAAUUGAGGAAGCUGGAAAUGUUCUUUAAGGACGAGAGCAAGCAUGGAUGCUCGAUUGUUGAUCUUUACGAACUUGUGCAGCAUGCUGGAAACAUAUUGCCGAGAUUGUAUCUCCUUUGUACAGUAGGAUCUGUUUAUAUCAGAUCGAAAGAGGCUCCUGCUAAGGAUGUCCUUAGAGACCUUGUGGAAAUGUGUCGUGGUGUUCAACAUCCUGUACGUGGGCUCUUUAUCAGAAGUUACCUUGCUCUAGUCAGUAGAGAUAAGUUGCUGGAUCUUGGCUCUGAGUAUGAAGGUGAUGCUGACACUGUCAUGGAUGCUGUGGAGUUUGUACUACAGAACUUUAUAGAAAUGAAUAAACUUUGGGUUCGGAUGCAGCAUCAGGGGCCUUUCCGGGAUAAAGAGAAGCGGGAAAAGGAAAGAAGCGAGCUUCGUGAUCUUGUUGGUAAGAAUUUACAUGUUCUUAGUCAGAUAGAGGGAGUGGACCUUGAGAUUUACAGAGACACUGUUCUUCCCAGAGUUUUAGAGCAGGUUGUCAACUGUAAAGAUGAGCUUGCUCAAUAUUAUUUGAUGGAUUGCAUAAUUCAGGUUUUUCCAGAUGAGUACCACUUGCAAACCCUAGAGACAUUAUUGGGUGCCUGCCCCCAGUUUCAGGCAACUGUCGACAUCAAGACUGUGUUAUCUCAACUAAUGGAGAGAUUGUCGAAUUACGCUGCUACAAGUGUGGAAGCGCUUCCUGAAUUUUUGCAGGUCGAGGCUUUUUCUAAGCUAAGCAGUGCCAUUGGGAAGGUGAUAGAAGCACAAGUUGACAUGCCCGUUGUUGGAGCCAUAAGUUUGUAUGUCUCUCUCCUUACAUUUACUCUCCGUGUUCAUCCUGAUCGGCUUGAUUAUGUGGAUCAAGUGCUGGGAGCCUGUGUCAAGAAGCUCUCCGGGAAGGCAAAUUUUGAAGACAAGAAGGCAACAAAACAAGUUGUUGCGCUUCUCAGUGCUCCGUUGGAGAAAUACAAUGAUAUUGUCACUGCUCUUACACUUUCUAACUAUCCCCGGGUCAUGGAUCACCUUGAUAAUGAAACAAAUAAAGUUAUGGCAAUGGUUAUUAUUCAAAGCAUUAUGAAAAAUAAUACUUGCAUUUCUACUGUUGAUAAGGUUGAGGCUUUGUUUGAAUUAGUAAAGGGACUUAUAAGGGAUGUGGAUGGUACUUCUUCAAAUGAGCUUGAUGAAGAGGAUUUUGAGGAUGAGCAAAACUCUGUUGCUCGUCUCAUACACAUGCUUUAUAAUGAUGAUGCAGAGGAAAUGUUACAGAUUAUAUGUACUGUGAGGAAGCAUAUUAUGAUGGGGGGACCAAAACGCCUACCAUUUACUAUUCCUCCUCUUGUAUUUUCAGCUCUGAGGUUAGUUAGGCGAUUGCAGGGCCAGGAUGGAGAUGUAGCUGGAGAAGAAGAGCCUGCGACACCAAAGAAGAUUUUUCAGCUUUUGAAUCAGACUAUUGAGGCUCUAGCAUACGUUCCGUCACCUGAACUAGCAUUAAGGUUGUACCUUCAAUGUGCUGAGGCUGCUUGUGACUGUGAUCUUGAGCCCAUCGCAUAUGAAUAUUUCACACAGGCUUUUGUGUUAUACGAGGAAGAAGUUGCGGAUUCCAAAGCUCAGGUGACUGCUAUACAUCUAAUAAUUGGCACUUUACAGAGGAUGAAUGUAUUUGGUGUUGAAAACAGAGAUACUUUAACGCACAAGGCUACAGGGUAUUCUGCAAAGCUUCUAAAGAAGCCUGAUCAGUGCAGAGCUGUCUAUGCAUGUUCACAUCUUUUUUGGGUUGAUGAUCAGGAUGGCAUUAAGGAUGGAGAAAGAGUCUUGCUUUGUCUAAAGCGUUCCUUGAGGAUUGCAAAUGCUGCUCAACAGAUGGCCAAUGUUGCACGGGGUAGCAGUGGUCCUGUCACGCUCUUUGUUGAAAUAUUGAACAAGUACCUUUAUUUUUUUGAGAAGGGAAAUCCUCAGAUAACGAGUGUAGCCAUACAGAGCCUAGUAGAACUGAUUACCACUGAGCUGCAAAGUGACUCGACGACUGCGGAUCCAGCUUCUGAAGCAUUCUUUGCCAGUACAUUGCGAUACAUUCAGUUCCAGAGGCAAAAAGGUGGUGCAAUGGGUGAUAGAUACGGUACUAUCAAGGUUUAACUUGGUGAAGAACAUAAAAGGUGCCUUAUUAUAAACCAAGACCAUGGGGAAACAAGUUGCUAUCUGGGGCAGCUGGAAAGAGAAAUGGUCUGGCGUAGGAGGGAAUCUGGGCUCGAGUCAGAAUAUGGUCUCUUCUCAACUAUGGGAGGGACUGGAAUAGCCUUCCCUGUUACCAAUCAAAUGUCCUGUUUGUGAGUAUGCAAAUUUUUUCUUUAUUUUUCAGAAGUUGGGCCUGUUUCAAUUUGAGUCUCUGGUCCACGUGUAACUGCGCGGAAAAAUUCUGCCUUCAGAAUUCAGGCCCGAAGAUCUGUCCCAAUUUUCAUUUAGUACCUUUUGUGGAAUUGGAUAUUAACAGCAGGGAGUUGAUUGCACUUUUGGUGGAAAUGAUAUUAAAUCAUCAUUUUUAUUUUUAUUUUUAUUUUUGCAUAAUUUGGACUCAAUGUGUCUUGGCCUGACAUAGAGAAGUCGUUUAGGUGUUUUAGGCAUCUUGUAUAUCAGAUCUUAGUUUGGAUAUGUAUGGGUUUAGACAAUACAAUAUAAAAUUAUAUUGAGUUAUAUUCAAAUUCACACGGAUGAAAAUAUGAUGAUUGAAGCUUGAGUCA